GACUUCAAGUUGGAGGAAGUACCCAAAAAAGAAUAUGGACAAUUCUACAGUAAUGACGCCUACAUUGUUUUAUGCUCAUCUAACAGUGGGUGGAAUGUCCACUUCUGGCUGGGUGAGACUUCUUCUCAAGAUGAGGUUGGAUCAGCUGCCAUAAAAACAGUAGAGAUCGACCAGGCUCUCAACGGCCUUCCAGUACAAUACAGAGAAGUGCAGGCACAUGAAUCGCCGCUGUUUCUGUCAUAUUUCCCGAAUGGCGUCAGAUAUAUCGCAGGAGGUUACGAGUCCGGAUUUCAUCAUGUGGAGGACAAGUUCAAAGACUGGAAGCCAAGGCUGUUUCACUGUAAAGGAAAAAGGAACGUUCGCUGUCACCAGGUUCCAUUAAAAAAAGAGUCCUUGAACCUCGGUGAUGUCUUCCUAUUGGAUCUUGGUAAGGACAUUUACGUCUGGAUGCCAAAAAAGAGUGGACGUAUCGAAAGAAUCAAGGGUAUGGCAAUUGCAAAGGAUAUUGCUGAAGUUGAACGACAAGGAGAAACUAAAGUCCACAUAUUGGAUGCCGACUGGGAUAUCAAUCAAGAUUUCUGGUCACAUUUUGGAGGAUCGCGUGUUGUCAGGAGCAUACCAGAACCCAAGAACGAUGACGACAACUAUUGGAAAGAGACGGCAGAUAAUUUGAGUCUAUGGAGGGUCUCAGAUGCUACUGGUAACAUGAAGGUUACAAGUGUCGCUAAAGGAGAAAUUAAGCGCAGUCAGUUGGACUCUAAAGUUCCAUUAAAAAAAGAGUCCUUGAACCUCGGUGAUGUCUUCCUAUUGGAUCUUGGUAAGGACAUUUACGUCUGGAUGCCAAAAAAGAGUGGACGUAUCGAAAGAAUCAAGGUCAUUCCUAAAAAACGUCUUCAACCGUAUCAAAAGUCUACGAACAGUAAUUUUUAG